AUGGGAACCAUUUGGAAAGCAAGAAACAUCACUCUAAACACCAAAGUACGCUUGUUCAAUUCCAAUGUAAAAGACAUACUUUUAUACGGAGCUGAGACUUGGAAAACAACAAAAGAACUGCUUCAUAAACCUCAAGUCUUUAUCAACAACUGUCUCAGGCGAAUCCUUAACAUCAGAUGGCCUGAGAAGAUAUCAAACCAAGAUCUGUGUGAAAAGACCAACCAGUCCCCAGUUGAUGAAGAGUUGAAAAAGAGAAAGCGGAGAUGUAUAGGGCACACACUGAGGAAGCCAAAUAACAGCAUUACCAGGCAAGCCUUACAGUGGAACCCACAAGGAAAGCAUGGCAGAGGCAGAUCCAGAUACACCUGGAGAAGAAACGUUGCAGCCGAGAUGGAGAAAGAAGGAUACAAGUAG